AUGUCGACAACAGCUCUGACUGCGAGCGUCCCUCAGGGCGCUGACAGUGGAUCCCAUACCCAUAGCACAGCGGAUAAUACGGCUUCGCCAAAAGCUGCCGAGACAGACAUGCGCUGCCCUGAUCCAUCGGCGCAUCAUCACACAAAGAACAGCGCAUUGCAAAACCAGGCAUCCGCCGCUGCUUUGUAUUCGACCAACCCCAGCAGAGGACACCAGCAGCAAACACAGAGGAUAAACCCGCUGGGACCUGACGGCAAGCUCUCCUCAGCAAGUGCUGCUACCAGCCUCAAGUAUGCGAAAGCAUCCGACCUGCCUAGCUUUCCCGUUGUAGGAAUUGACACCCAAUCUUCUGCUGGAACCGCGGCACUGCUUGCCAAUCAGAACAAGAAGAGCCCAGAGUAUUGGAAACCUGAACAAUCAUCUGCUGCUGGCAAGGCUGCUUUGUUGGCACACGGAUACAAGAUGGCCCCCUUGUGGCAGCCAGAAGCAAGCGCUGCAGGCUCGAAAGCAGCUCUUCUCGCUCACAAGGACGGUCCAAAAUUGAAUCUGUGGCAGCCACAAGCCAGCGCAGACGGUCAUUCCGCUGCGACCAUAGCAAUGCGCCAGAAGAGCUUGGGGCCAGGUGCCGUUGACUACGGAUAUACUGAUGAGGGAAGGAAGAACGCCUUCACUGCAGCCACCGGCGCGCAUGCCUCUUCGAACCGCCAGCGUGCUCAAUCAGUUCCAGCGCCAGCGGAGAUAUACCCUGACUCAAGGAACUCAGCCAAAAAUGCGCUGAGUGCUGCCACCCUCGCUCAUAGUCCUUCCAUGAAGGCGAAGUCGCAGGCACAUACAUCAGAUUCGAACAGACUCGGCCAUGGUGCAAUGGAAGCAGCACGCAUUCAACAUGCCAAAGCAUAUCCAGGGACAUUGCGCUGGAGACGAGGAGAAGAGCAUAACGAUGCCUCGAGCUCCGCUAUUUCCAUGGCAAAGAAAAUGUAUGACCCACAGCAGCAACGCGCCGACGGUGCAUCAGCUGCACGCUCGGGUGCCACCAUUGCACAUGGCCAGCAACCGUCUCUUGGCGAGCAAGAUAUCAAAUCACAGGCCAUGCGCUACAUAGGCAUUCAGGAAGCUGCACAGAAGCUUGCCCAGGAAAGACUGGCCAAGAUUGGCUACGACGAGAAUGCGGCUUACCGCAGCCACUACGGUUACGAAAAGCCCCGCUCCAGGUUCUCAAUCCGCGGUCGUGGUCGUGCGAAUAGCGACACAAAGGCUGCUCCGGCCGAUGAUUCUGACUCCGACAUGGACCAAUUCAACAAGCAAUUGGCAGAUGUUGACGCCCAGAAGCGUGAGAACGACCGCAAGUCCCUUCUUGCUGCAGCCGAGCGUAAGGUGCAUGCUCAGCUACAAGGUAUGGAUCAAAAGAUCUACGACAAGACAGGUAAGAUGUCGCCUGCCAUGAUUGACCAAUGGGAUGAGAAAGCACGACAGAGGGCGUUGGCAAACUCUGAAGUGCGCAUGGAAAACCACGGCAGAGUGCACCUUGGCAACGGAAAGUACAUGGACCAAGGCGACAUCGAUGCAAUUGCUCAAGCCCGGAUCCAGCCCACUUUGGAUGAGAUCACCGAGAAGACGGAGAAGCGCCGUGCAGAAGACGAAAAGCGCAGAGCUGAGGAAGAAGAGCGGAGGCUCGAAUUGGAGGAGACGAAGCGUCAUGAAAGGGGCGAGAAGGAGCGCGCUGCAGAGAUCAAGGCUGAAGAGAAGCAAACAAGAGAUGAGGAGAAGAGAGCUGCAAAGCUUCGAAGUGCUGAGGAGAAGGCAGCAGCAAAACAAGAAAAAGAGCAGGCUAAACAAGACAAGAGAAAGUCUAAGGAAGUGCCAGCCAUUGCCCCAGUGUCCACAGGAAACACUACUACAGUAACCUCAGCCGACAACGAGGACCUUUAUCGUGAUUCGACUGCCAACGAGGCCGAACCUGCCUCUCCCACGUCCCCGAAUUCAAAGGGCAUCAAGUCAAUCUUCAGCAAGCUGAAGCGUCGCUCCAAGCACACAUCUGCCGGCACGAUCAAUACGGCAGACAUGGGCAAAGACAAAGAGCAGCCUGGUUUCGUUGGCGGCGCUUCCCUUCACUCUUCGACAUCCCAACCACAGUCACAGCCUGUCGCGAGCACCAGCGCUACGUCUGAUGAUGAGCGUCCACACAACUUGGGCGACGUUGAGCCAGCUUCCGUUCCACACGUUGAUGAGCUGAACGACUCUUACUCGGAAGUAUCCUCCCUAUCGGACUACGAGGAGCCCAUGGUAACCCGAGGACGUUCCGCCGAGCGCAUCACCAGCACUGACACCAAGAAGUCUGGCGCUACUGACUUCGAGGAGGCUCAAGAUCACUUCGAUGAAGGACUCGCUCCUCCUCCCACAUUUACCACAAAUGCGGAGAGGGGUAAGGGUAGCCCGAACCGUGACUCCAAGUUCCAUGAGGUUGGAAUCUAA